AUGUGGUGGGAGGAGGUGAGGAGGAGGGAACGCGGGGAGCUGCGCGCCCGGCGCUUCGAGGCCCUCGCCCGCUCGCGCCGCGCCGCCUCGCUCGCGCUCUCCAACCGCAAGGAAAUCACGACCCCGCACCUCGGCGCCGUCAACUCCCUCCAGGUUGAUUUGACAGAGGGGAGGUACCUGCUCUCGGGGGCGUCGGACGGGUCGGCCGCCGUCUUCGAUUUGAAGGACGCGACGGAAUACGAGGCCGGGUUCAUAGCCAAGCACAGGAGCAUUCUGCUUGUGGACAAGCAGCAUCAGCAUGGCCACAAGUUCACCGUCUCCAAGGCCAUCUGGUAUCCUGUGGACACCGGGCUGUUCGUCACGGCCUCCUUCGAUAACUAUGUCAAAGUGUGGGAUACCAAUUCGACUCAAAUGGUCAUGGAUUUUAAGAUGCCCGGAAAAGUGUACAGUGCUGCAAUGUCUCCGAUUGCAACAACGCAUAUGCUCAUCGCUACCGGAAGCGCAGACGUUCAGGUCCGUUUGUGUGAUAUUGCUUCCGGGGCCUUUACUCACACGUUGUCCGGUCAUCUUGAUGGUAUCAUGUCUUUGGAGUGGUCUACCUCAAGCGAGUGGAUCCUAAUGAGUGGUGGCUGCGACGGGGCGAUACGUUUUUGGGACAUAAGACGAGCUGGAUGCUUCCUUGUCCUUGAUCAGUUACGGUCUCAGCUAGGAAGACGGCCUCCCAUUCUUGAUGGCACCACCGACAACCAGCAUCAGAAGAACUUAGGACGUUCAUCUUCAUCAAAGAGUUACUCGGUUCAGCAGAGGACAGGCAAUCAUAAGAAGCAGUCCAAAGCACUACGCAAAAGUCUAACCAUGGUACGUGGACAUACGCAACAGAAAGUGCAUCCCGGUAUGUCAUCCAGUCAAAAUCAUAAAACAGCUCAUUAUGGUGCUGUUACAGGAUUAAGAACAACAACAGAUGGGAUGCACCUUCUUAGCUCAGGAUCUGAUUCUCGUUUAAGACUCUGGGAUAUCGAUUCAGGCUGCAAUACUUUGGUCAAUUUUGAAGCCAUGCGAUUGCAAACUAGCAAGCCACUACAACUAGCUGUCACUGAUGAUCCAUCACUUGUGUUCAUUCCAUGCAUGUCAAGCAUCAAGGCAUACAAUACAUGGUCUGGUACGACAUUUCAAACAUUCCGUGGGCAUUAUGACCAUGUAAAUUGCUGCUACUAUAACUCACAAGACCAAGAACUCUAUACUGGUAGCAAUGAUCGACAAAUUCUUGUGUGGUCUCCAUCGACUCCUGCUUUGACUGAAAUGGAAGACGAUGACAAGCGGCAAGAAGGUUUUGCAGCUGAUGAGGAUAACUGGAGUGACUGA